CCACUCGUGUGUUGGUGUACCCCAAAUAAAAUGACUAAUAUGGAUAGCGAUAAAAGUGUAGAGGCGGCGCAUGACAUACACCUCCUCCGCGCCGUGAAGGUACUCGGCAAAGGCGCCACCGGCACAGUAUUCCUCGUCCAUGACAAUUCCCGCGACUCUCCCUUCGCCCUCAAGGUAGUCGAGAAAUCCUCCGCCGACCGCCGCGCCCGCCACGAAAUCUCCCUCCUCCGCCGCCUCGCCCCCCACCCCUUCCUCCCCCACCUCAUCUGCUCCUCCGAGGACGACCAAUUCAUCUGGUGGGGCAUCCCCUUCUGCCCCGGCGGCGACCUCAACGCCCUCCGCCACCGCCAAAACGACCACGUCUUCUCCCCCGCCGCCAUCCGCUUCUACCUCGCCGAAAUCCUCCUCGCCCUCCGCCACCUCCACCGCCAGGGCAUCGCCUACCGCGACCUCAAGCCCGAAAACAUCCUCAUCCAGCUGUCAGGCCACGUCACCCUCACCGACUUCGACCUGUCACGUGACCUCCCCCCGCGAAGCACGUGCCACACCAAACCCAAAAGCGCGCGCGUUUCUCCAGCCGCCGAGCGCUCGAACUCGUUCGUCGGCACGGAGGAGUACGUCGCCCCGGAGGUCAUCCGGGGCGACGGCCACGACUUCUGCGUCGACUGGUGGGCGAUGGGCGUGCUCGCCUACGAGAUGAUGUACGGGACGACGCCGUUUAAGGGGAGGAACCGCAGGGAGACGUUUCGGAAAAUAUUGAUAUCCCGGCCCGAGCGCGUGGGGAAGGCCGACGACGCGCUGACGGACCUGAUCGGGAAGCUGCUGGAGAAGGACCCGGCGCGGCGGCUCGGGUACUGGAGGGGAGCGGCGGAGAUAAUGGAGCACCGUUUCUUUCGGGGGCUGAGGUGGGAGCUGCUGACGGAAGUCGUGCGGCCGCCGUUUCUGCCGUCGGCGGAGGUGGUGGGGGAUGGUGAGAUUGAUAUAACGGAGCACUUUCGGAGGAUGAAGGUGCCGUUGUGGUCGCCGUCGGAUGAUGACGUGUCGUUAACGGAUUUCUGACACGCACGUGUAGAGGUAUCUGUGUGAUUAUUGCUUCUUUUGAUUUGAUUAGAUUAGAUGUAUAUAAAAAUAAGGAAUUAAGAUUAGUUAUUCCCGUGAAGAUGGGUGCUAAUCAAGUGUAGAUGUCGCUAAUUACGGAUGCACAACGAAUAAUAUGGGAUGUAAUUUAGGCUGAAAAGAUGCCUUGGCGCACGCGCAAAUGUGGCGCCUGGGUAUAUUUCUUUUGUGUA